UGUUGACCAUUGAAACGGUGUAAUCGAUAAUACUGAACAGCGGUCCUCUGCAGUCCAGCCGACAGCCGACAGGAAUCAAAAGGCCUAUCCCAUAGAUCUCCUUUUCUUAAGCAUGAUUCCCACAGCUGUCACUUUGUCCCGAGCCUCCACGACAGGAUGGAUUGGAUUAGGAGCAAUGGGCCAUCACAUGGCUAUCAACCUAUUCACAAAGACUCAUGCGGCACACCAGUCUAGCUCUUCAGGCACUCCAUCAGCAGCUCCAAGCUUUGUCAUCUGCGAACAGGACGAUGCGAGAGCGGACAAAUUCGUCACCGAUCUACGAAAUAAGGGAGGUGCAGAGCUGGCGCAAAGGGUGCAGAGAGCUGGAUCAGGGAAGGAGGUCGCCUCGCUCGCCUCGAGAAUUAUGACAAUGCUGCCUUCUACUCCUCAGGUCGAGAGCGUGUACCUGGAUCCCAGUACCGGCGUGGCAGCGGGGCUUCCCAAGGAUGAAGAAGCUCUGCAUUGUGAUGCCGACGCUGGUGCUUCUCGUCGUCCACAUACAAUCUUGAUCGACGGAACGACUCUUAACCCAACUGCGGCCAUGAAAGUCGCCAAGGAGAUUCACGAGAAGAGUGAAGGGGGAGCCGUCAUGCUGGAUGCUCCAGUAUCAGGAGGCAUUGUCGCUGCGGAGGCUGGAACUCUCACUAUAAUGUUUGGCUCUCCUUCGCCGCUAGCUACCGCUCUUGCGGUUCCCAUGUUACAGCGCAUGGCUAGGGAGGGUGGCGUUCUACCGUGUGGCGCCAAUGGUACUGGUGUCGGUGUCAAGGUCUGCAACAAUCUGAUAUUGGCCAUUAAUCAGAUCGCACUCGCAGAGGGGCUGGCAUUGGGCAAAUCCUUAGGCAUCGACCCACUGUUGCUACACAACGUAGUCAACUCGUCAUCCGGCCAAUCGUGGUCCUCGAGAGUCAAUUCUCCGCUCCCAGAGGUCCCGAAUAGCCCUGGGUCCAGAAACUACACCGGAGGAUUCCAGAGUCGUCUGAUGCUCAAGGACGUCGGACUUGCCCUUCAUGCUGCAUCCGAGUAUGCUCUUCCUACUCCCAUGACUUGGGCUGCAAGGGCUGUGUACGACUCUGUGUGCUCGGAGGGCCAGGGCGAAAUGGCCGGAAAGGACUUCAGUGUGGUUCUAGAGUGGCUUAGGACAAGGCAGAAGGAGGCGGUGGAAAGAGGAUGAAAGGAUGCUCCUCCUUCCCAGUAGAGUUCAAACGCCAAUAUUGCAUGGAGGG